AUGAUCCGUGGACUGAAGAGCAAGUUUGCCAAGUCAAACAGCAGCACCAACGUCGCGGCGGGGAGUGGGGCGCAAGGAGCGUCUGUCAUCAAUACAUCGAAGGUCGGAAGCGACCCAGACACAGCUGCUGUGCCGGACGAGGGCGAAGCUGUCGAGCCGAAAAGGACCGGUUCAUCCUCCUCAAAGGCGAUAGUGGCAGCUCAAGAUCCUGCAGGGAACGGUUGGGCAUAUGAGGAUGUGUGGAGCUAUGUUGACUCCAUGGGAGUGACCAAAGUUCCUGGAGAGGAGCACAUCCUUCGCUUCCUCGCAGACUGCCUUCACGUCUCUCCGCUUCCAGCUCCGUGG